GUCCGAAACACUGAGAGAAUACCAAUAUGCUGGCCCAGUAACCCGAUUGCUAUUUCUCCGACAAGAUACAUGUCCGCAAGAAGGAGACCACGAGGUCUCCAACUGCGCCAUGUGAGCCGCUGCCCAUGGCAGGUUCAGCAGCGCCGACUGCUGAACCACUUCAUAUCCAAUGAGCCCGUUCCCGCAUACACCCUCGAUGAAGGGGUACCCGGGACACCCACGCGCUUCACCCUCGCAGUCAAAGACAACAUCGCAACCGUCCCCUCCUCCUCUUCCACCGCCUCCCCACAAUGGCCAACAACAUGCGCCUCCCCCUUCCUAGCAACCUACACCUCCCCCUUCGAGGCAACCAUCGUCACCCAACUCCGCCGCCGCGGCGCGCGCCUCGUGGGCAAGACCAACCUGGACGAGUUCGGCAUGGGCAGCCACAGCGUGCACUCCGCCUUUGGCGCCGUCGCACAACAGCCUUCUCAACCUCCCCGCCAGAGCCACAAUAAAGGCGACAGUGAUGAUGACGGACAGGUACUGCUCUCUGCCGGAGGCAGCUCCGGCGGGAGCGCGGUGGCGGUUGCGUCUGGCGACGCCGACGUGGCGCUGGGCACCGACACGGGUGGGUCGGUGCGGCUGCCGGCCGCCUACACCGGGGUUGUUGGCUUCAAACCGUCGUAUGGCAUGCUCUCGCGCUUUGGGGUCGUGCCGUACGCCAACUCGCUUGACACGGUCGGCUUGUUGGCGCGGCGGGUCGGGGUCAUUAGGCGGUUGGUUGUGGGCGGAGAUGAACAGGAGCCGGGGUUGUGGGCUGAGUGGGAUGCGAGGGAUCCGACUAGCUUGUCAGCUGCUGCCAGGAGGAGAUGUGCGAGUGUUAGGGAGGGGUAUGGCGGGUUUCAGGAGGAGGAGGGAGACGCAGGCCGAGUGCUGAGGGGGUUGAGGCUUGGGAUGCCGCUCGAGUACAACAUUGAGGAGCUGGAUGGGCGGAUCAGGGAUGCGUGGUCCGCCGCGGCCAAGGCCCUGCAGGAGAGCCACGGAGUGCGCAUCGUGCCCGUGUCGCUGCCCUCGACGAAGCACGCGCUGGCGGCGUACUACGUGAUUGCGCCCGCCGAGGCGUCGUCUAACCUGGCGAAAUACGACGGCAUCAGAUACGGCUCACGGGAUCCCGAAGCCGCGAGCGAUGCCGAGGGCGGGGUUCUCUACGCUGCGAGCCGCGGGCGCGGGUUCGGCGACGAGGUCAAACGGCGCAUCCUGCUCGGAUCGUACACGCUAAGUUCCGAGGCCAUGGACAACUACUUCAUCAAGGCGCAGCGUGUGCGACGGCUGGUGCGGAGGGAUUUCAACCGCGUCUUUGCGCUCGAUAAUCCGCUCCACGACAAAGAGACAUUCUCGUUGAGCGAUCUGCCCGAUAGUGUGGCUAUGGAGGACAAGUGGGGGCCCGAGGAAGUGGACUUUUUACUAUGUCCUACCGCUCCAACACUGGCACCAAGGCUGGAGGAUGUCAUGAACCAGACUCCUCUGGACGCCUACAUGAAUGAUGUUUUUACCGUCCCGGCAAGUCUGGCCGGGCUGCCUGCCAUUAGCAUACCGAUGCCACUCGAGCCGGAGACGGCAGGGGACACGCCUGGUACUGCCGGACUACAAUUGAUCGGCCAGUAUUGGGAUGACGCGCGGCUGCUUUCCGUGGCGGACGCAGUGUCCAAGACUCUUAAAGCUAUGGCGCCGACUAGCUGACGGGCAUGGGGUAUUCGAUUUGCUGAGAGGAGGCACUGGAUCUGGCUCCGUAGAAGGCAUGAUCUUUGCCCUGACCUCUUGCAUUGAGUGUAUGGAAGGAACACAGUGGUCAGUCGCGGCCUGAACGCGGUAUUGCCAGAUGGUCGGUCCGCAGUAUCGGCUACUGACCCUUUGUAAAGAGAUGCAUGUAUAUCUCUUUGUAUUAUACCUGUACCGGUAUUGAUGCGCAGAGGUUUGCGCGGGCUCCAAUCCCUGAAAUGGCAACUAAGAGCAUGCUAAAUAGCUAUCUAGUGGCGAUAGCCGCGAUUCUAUACCUGG